GCACGAUCCACUCUGCUCAUUGCACUCCCUGUACUCCAUCUGUCGGCCUCUUGUUCCAGCGCAGUCACUAUGCUGUUGCUUCUUCUGCUUUAUAAAAAUACAUACGUCUGAGCUUCUCCUGGGAGACCGCGACUGCGUGAGUUAGUCGUGACCGGAUCACCAAUUGCAUCGCCCUUUCGAACUCUCCAACCAUGACAGCGAACACAGCUGUGUAAAUUCGGCUUUUUAACCAACGUCGACUUCUCCAACCAUUUCGGAGUUCCUGGAGGGAUGGAUAGCAAUAACACCGCACGACAGGCCGCAAAGCUCGCUCAUGGCGUCCAAUCCGUUGAGUUCCCUUCGCCUUUCAUAUUCGAGGGCAACCAUAUCCCUAUCACGCUGGUUGAGCUCCGCAUGCGCCGUUUCUCGGGUAUGAUCCGUGCGAAACUGGGCUGGUGGGAGAAGGUGCACGACACAGAGCUGGUCGCGAAGUGGCGCGCCGAGAUGGUUGAGCAGGACCGCUCGGCCGUCAAUACGUUCUGGGGUGGCGAAGGGAGGUACGACUACGGGAGAGGGGAGAAGAAGUGGCCGCGCGAUACCAUCACGGACGCGCAGCUGGACUAUAUUUUUGACCAGCUCAAGUACGAGGCCAGCCAGCGGGAUCCGACCACAGGUAUCUUUGCAACCGCGAUUCCGAAGGUCUACGAGUCCCGGAGCCUCGUGCCCACGGACCAGAAGUCUACCCUGAUCGCUGGCACGUUGGUUCUCGAGUCGGUCCCACAUGAACACAAGGACUGGCAUCCGGGCUCAAGCAAUCAGGUCCUGGACCUUGUCCACCCCUCACUUCACUGCCUGCGCAUUGGCCAUACCUACGUCCGCGCCUCCUGCUUUAGCGUCAGCGACGAUUCUGCGACGGCUUUAAGUGCAGACGAAUACAGGGCGCAACGACCCGAUUUCACCCAAUACCCAAAGCACAUCGCCCCGCAUGUCGUCUCCCUGCAAUACCAAUGGCUCCCCACCGACUUCACCGUUUCCGAGGACGGGGAGGUCAAGGCGCUUUCAUACAUCAACAACCUCCACCCCGUCAAGCACCGUGCCCUUUACCCCGCAAUCUCCUCGGUCCUCUUGCACUUUGUGCCUCUUUUCGAGAAGGUACUCUCGGACACCGUCAGCCCCGAUCCGCCGCUCCCCAUCAUUCUAGAUCCGUAUACGUGGUACGGCCACGUCGAAGACCUAGAGUUCCCCGACAAUGAAGUCGAUGGGGACGACUUUGACGACCACCACGAACGUUGGGAGCGCGAGCUGCAGUGGCCGUUCAUUCCCGACCCCCCGCCCUUUUCUCCUCCCAACGGCGACGGACGCGUCGAGAUCGAACUCCGCGGGCGCACUCUCCAGGUCAUUGUCAAGCUCGCGAACAUCAUCCUCACCCCUGAGAGCCCGAAGUACCCCGGCGGAUCGUGGCACGUAGAAGGCAUGGCUAACGAGAAGAUCGUCGCGACGGGCCUGUACUACUACGCGUGCGAGAACAUCACGGAGUCGCGGCUCGACUUCCGCAGCGUCGUUGGCGACGGCUCGAACGGGCUGUUUUGGCCCUACCAACAAACCGACGACAAGGGGUACUUCACGGCGUAUGGGUUCGCUGGAGCGAGCGCGCUCAAUCAGGAGCUCGGUCACAUCGUAGCAGAAGAGGACAAGUGUGUCGCUUUCCCGAACAUCUACCAACACCGCGUGGACGCCUUCCAGCUCGCGGACCCGACCAGGCCCGGGUGCAGGAAAAUUCUGUGUUUCUUCCUGGUCGACCCGCUCACCCGGGUUCUCUCGACGAGCGACGUCCCGCCGCAGCAGGCCGACUGGCUCGUGGACGAGAUGCUGCAGAUUCCGACGAUACGGGAGCUCCCGGUGGAGCUGUUCGAUGAAAUCGCGGCGUAUGCGACGGUGGGGACGAUUUCGCGGGCGGAGGCGGAGGAGCAUCGCGAGAGGCUCAUGCAGGAGCGGAAGAACUUUGUGGUCAAGCAGAACGAGGAGAUUUUCGAGAUCGAGUUCAAUAUGUGUGAGCAUUAGAGACCGUUGCUUGUGCGAACUCAUAAC